GGAGGUUUUGCGCCUGGAUGUGUCAGAGGGAGUCAGGGCGAGUCCUGACUGCAGACAUCGUGGAGCAGCGACCAGGAUGCGCAUCAAUAUGACAAGAAACCUUCGCAUUUCUCCAAACGGUUUAUCACAGACACACGUGUGACCUCUCAGAUCAACACACAGGGGAAGCAAACGAGCACAGAUCUCAGACAGAGUUUUGAUUUUAAAUCUCCUCGACAUUGUUCUGCUCUUCAGUCCAUUUUUUUUUCUCAACCUUCUCAUCCUCUUGGUGACCCCUCCAUGUCGGGGAAGGAGCGCAGCCCCCGCCACCGGCCCUGGUCGGUGUACCGGGCCAACACGUUCGAUCUGUCGGCUGAGAUGAUGGGGCUGGCUCUCUCGGGCAGCAGCCAGGAUCCAGACGAGCCGGUGCUGGAGUUCAGUGUGGCCUGCAGCGAGCUGGUCACUCCCUCUCUGGACAGGAAGCCCACCAGCUUCGUGGCCGUCAGCUGCACCACACCGCCUCAGGCCUUCUGGACCAAACACGCCCAGACUGAAAUCAUAGAGGCCACCAGUAACCCGAUCUUCCUGAGCAGCGUGUCGUUCUUCCAGGACUCUCUGAUCACGCAGCAGACUCAGGUCAAACUGUCUGUCUACGAUGUGAAGGACCGCACACAGGGCACGAUGUACAUGCUGGGCACGUCCAUGUUCUCGGUGAAGGAGCUGCUGCAGGACAAACACCACAGACUGCACCUGACUCUCAGGUCGGGGGAGAACGAGCGGGUCGGAAACAUCACGGUCAUCGCCUGGCAGAUCGAGGAGAAGAGAGAGCAGAGAGCUCCUGUGGCUCGACUCCAGAGAGGAGACACGGUGAACGGCAGGAUGGUUCUCUCUGUUGAUGCGAGCCUGACUGAACCCAUGGCCAUUCAAUCCAAGUCUUCCUCUCUGUGUAAAGACCCUGUGCUGAAGGCUGUGUUCGGGGGCGUGAUGUCACGAACGUACCGGUUCCCCACCACGGACGGUAACCACCUCCGGACCCUGGAGCAGAUGGCCGAGAGUGCGCUCUCUCUUCAUAUUCCCCGACAGUUUGUCAAGCUGCUGCUGGAGGAAGACGCCGUCAGGGUGUGUGAGCUGGAGGAGCUGGGAGAGCUGUCUCCAUGUUGGGAGAACCUCCGGAGGCAGAUCAUCACUCAGUAUCAGACCAUCAUCCUCACCUACCAGGAGACCAUCAGUGACCUGCACGAAUACAAAGGUCCUUCAUUUAAGUCGAGUACCUUGAAAGCUGAGAGGAAGUUGGAGUUUAUUCCAACUAACCUGCACAUCCAGAGAAUGAGAGUACAGGGGGAGUCUGGCUAUGACCGGACGUACGAUGUUGUGACUAUCGGAGCUCCUGCAGCACAUCAUCAAGGCUUCAAAGGCUGCGGCCUCCGAAAAAUGCUGCACAAGCUGGAAGAAGCCAGGAAACACACUUAUGAGGAGGAAAGCCAAAGCUCUGCUGGCCCGGGCUCUAAAGGAAUGACGUACCAGCCUCAGGACGUGGUGAAAGCGAAGGAGCUGAUUGGUCAGAUUAACACUCUGAAGACACAGGUGUGUUACUACACUGAACGUCUGUCUCGAGCCGCCAAGGAGCGCUCGGCCAACGCUCUGGAGAGAACGCUGGCCAUCCUCACAGAGAAGACUCGUCAGCUGGUGACCGUGUGUGACUCCAAGCUGCUCUCCUCAGCCAUCCUCGCCCUGGCCGCCGCCCGCCCAGAGCCCACUCAGCGCAGCACCCCUUCCCCCUCCUCCUCCUCCCUCUCACCCUCCUCCCGUCCCCCCUCUCGCUCCCCCUCCCCUCGCCACUCGGCCUCCCCGUCCCGCGCCCCCACCUCUCCGUCCCGCCACGCAUUUCCUCCCGACGGCAGCGACGGGAGUAGAAACAAGCGCGCCUCCAUGUACGCAGAUUUACACGAAGAUGAUUGGGACAAGGUGUGGCUGAAUGUGAAUAAGAGCCUGGACUGUGUGAUCCAGAGAGUGGACAGCCUGCUGCAGAGAGACAGAAUGCAGAGCGACAGCAGCUCCGAGGACGUCUUCGAGCUCGCCAACGAGGAGCCGGGGAAAACCAAGAAAGAACACAGCCCAGAUAAAGAAAAGAAGUCCCCGGGAGAGUGGAGCGAGGCUCUGUACCCGCUGCUCUCCACACUCACAGACUGUGCGUCUCUGAUGAGCGACAAAGCCAAGAAGGCCAUGGUGUUUGUUCUGAUGCAGGACAGCGCCCCCACCAUCGCCCUGAGCCUCACCAUGCAGUACCGCCGCGACGUCGUCUUCUGCCAGACGCUGACGGCGCUGAUCUGCGGCUUCAUCAUCAAACUGAGGAACUCUCUCUGUGACUCGGGCUUCCUCAGACAGCUGCACACCAUCGGCCUGCUGGUGCAGUACGAGGGCCUGCUCAGCACCUACGGUGAGGAGCUGGCCAUGUUGGAGGACAUGAGCGUGGGAGUGUUGGACCUGAGGAACGUCACCUUCAAAGUCACCCAGGCGACCUCGGCCUUCUCCCCGGACAUGAUGCCGGUGAUCACAGGAAACAGGAACGGCUUCAACGUCAGGGUGCCGUUGCCCGGGGCGAUGUUCGACACGUUGCCCCGGGAGAUCCAGAACGGGAUGCUGCUGCGCGUCCAGCCGGUCCUCUUCAACGUGGGCAUCAACGAGCAGCAGACCAUGGCCGAGAAGUUUGGAGACACGUCACUACAGGAGGUGAUCAACAUGGAGAGCAUGACGCGCCUCAGCUCCUACUUCGAUCAGUUCAAAGAAGUGCUGCCAGAAGACUGCCUGCCUCGCUCCCGCAGCACCACCAGUGUCCCCGAUCUGCUCAAACAGCUGAGCCUGAACGUGAACGCCAAGAAAAACAAGAACGUGGAGAUUUUGUGGCAAGCAGCCGAGGCGUGCCGGCGUCUGAACGGCGUGCGCUUCACCAGCUGUAAGAGCGCCAAGGACCGCACGGCCAUGUCUCUGACCCUGGAGCAGUGCCAGGUCCUGCAGCAGGAGCACGCCCUCGCCCCGCAGGUCUUCUACCAGGCCCUGGACUGUAUGCGCAGUGAGGGCUGCAGGAGAGAGAACACCAUGAAGAACGUGGGAUGUCGUAAAUACGCCUUCAACGCUCUGCAGCUCAAGGCCUUCCCCAAACAAUACCGCCCUCCAGAGGGGACGUACGGGAAGGUCGAGACCUAAUCUGAACUGGAGGAAACCCAAAAGACUGGAGGGGAUUACGAUGAUAGCACCACACAAACAGAAAAUACCGAACUGGAACAACAGUCCUUUGUUUUGUGCUUAGUCACUGUUACGAUAAUAAAUGUCCAAGUGCUACUGUAGAUUGUUUUCUAGCCGUUCCCCCCCUCCUCCAGUAGUGCUAGAAUCACACACUUUUCACGACCACUUCACAGACAGAGACGGUAGAGAUGGCUUUCUGUGUCACAUUGUAGCCUCUGUGCAGAAAACACUGUGUGCAGACGACCAGUCGUAGCAUCAGGAGUACAUCGUGUCCGUAGAAAAAAGGUCUGAAAUAGUGUCAGUCUUUAGAAAGACGAUGAGGGACACGUUUGUUAUUUUCCUUUUUUAUUUAUUUGAUCAGAUUGUCAGAUGGUCAAGGCUGAACCAUUUUUGAUAUUGCCACAAAAUUGAUUGCAAAGACUAAGACGAACAAUGAACAUUGGUGCCAAAAAACUAUGAAAAGCACAUCAACGAGCCACACUUGCACUGGCUGACAGGUCCCUUAUUACGGUGAACAUGGGCAUUGUAGUUUAUUUUGAGUAAAUGCCACAUACACAAAGUUACUGCUGUAAAACUCACAAAAUGUGUAUUUAUCCACCCCUGAAAAGUCCUAAACAAAUGUUCACUCCUGCUUGAUUAACAUUUACGUUAUGAACUACAGUGCCCAGCUGUUUGUGGAAUUACAGAGCACCCUUAAAAAAGAGUUUAACUAUAUAUCUGUGAGCAGAUUUUAAAGAUGGGCUUGGAGCUGAGAGACACAGAGAAAAUAAUGCAUUGUUAAUUUUGGUCUUUUAAUUGGAUUUGUGUUGCUGAUGCUGUGUAAGAUUUUCUCUUAUUUGUGGAAUAUGAAAAGAUACACAUUUAGGCGAAAGACAACAGCAGUAAAAAAGUGUUGUCUGGAGAAAACAAAAUUAGUUAAGCUUUCUUGAAAAUGUGUCUUUUAAGAAACAGCUACAAUUCUAGUAGUAGUAGCUAGUGUAGCUUUGAUUAAAAGAUCAGAGCUUUGAUCAUAUUUUUCUGGACCUAAAUUGAGCUGCAGAAUGACUGUAGGCGUAAAGAAGUCAAAGCACUCAUUUGAUUCAUUACAGAGCUUUUAGCCUGCUGUCUAUUUCUAUCGCACUGUCUCUCCUUUUUCUCGUAUAUAACAUCACUUUCUAAAUCAAGCACAUACCCGACCCCACAGUGUGGCAUUUGUAUAAUGAUGUCUCAAGCUAAUGUGAUUUCUCUUCUGAUGCUACACUGGAAGCAGUGAGGGUUUACAAAUCGUGGUGCGUCACAUUACUCUAUAAACAUAUCGACGGAUAUUUAGGACAUUUUGAAAUGUAUAUGCAGCACUAUGGUGGUUUGAUAGCCAUUGAAACUUGAGUUGUUAUUGUUUACAAAGCUUGUGUUGAAUUAUGCAGAAUGAAAAUUGGAUAAAAACCACGUUUAUUUAACCUGCAUGAAGAUGAUUUGAAAAACUGCUUUUUACUAUUGCAAUUGUAUACUGUUGCAAUGUAAGAGUUUGAGCACUUGAUACAUGUUUUAAGACUGAAAUAAUGCAUAUUGCAUUUUUCUCCCAACAUCAACAACACCUCUUCUGUUGUACCAGCGCUAUUGUACCUUAUUGUACAAAACCUACAGAGACAGUGGAUUUUAUUUUGAAUAUGUUAUUUUGCUUACAUGUAUUUAUGUUGAUACUGUAUGGCUGUUGUUGCCAAAUGCUGUUAUAGUUUUAUCCAUUGUUAAUGAGUAAGUUAGGACCUUGUGAUCCGUUGUACACGCACACAGGCUGGAGGGGGGGGGGGGGUAAAGAUGCUUGCACCCCCACAGAGGUAUGAAAAGAAACUGGAUAAUGAAUAAAGGCUUGCCAAUGCCAAGUGAGUGUAUCUAUAAAUUAAAUGACCUUUGUGAAUUGAGCAGCAAAUAUUUCAUCAUCUAACAUUUUGUCUCAUAGAGAAGCAUCUUCAAAAAGUAGCUGCACAGUGAUAUGUUUGAAAUCUGUCAGAAUAAAUAUCUCUAUAUUUAUUUUUGUCUUAUCUAUGAAUGAAUUUGAGGAAUUAACGGUAGGUGUCAUAAAAUUCCACAAAAAUCCCUUUACUUCUUUUUGGAAAUAAUCAUUCAGUCCAGUGUUACCCACGGAAGUGCUACCUAAAUCACUUCAUACAUCGAUGGUGUCCUGUUGGUUAUACUACAACACUUAUUUUGAAAAUAAUAGGCUAUUGCAUAAUUGUAGUGAAUGUUUCUUGUGGAAAAUAAUAAAUGACUAGCCUGUUGUUAAUGCAGUGCUACC